AUUCUAUGUACUUUAUUAACAAUCUUUGUUAAACACUAUUAUUUUCAGUUGACUCCCCUCUUAGUCGUCGCACUAUUUAACUUAGCCAGCGCCGGUGGUGGACACGGUGGACACAGCCACGUGGUAAUCCACGUGCCGUACAAGAUCAAGACUAUCCACCACACGCACACGAUUACGAAACACAUCCACCACGGCGGCGGCGGCGAGGAUAAGUACGAGGUGCUCGGGUAUACAGUGGGUCAUCCUAUUGACCUCGGUGGUCAUGGCGGCGGCGGGGGCGGCGGACACGACUUCGGCGGUGGCGGCCAUGACUUCGGCGGUGGCGGCGGCCAUGAUUUCGGCGGUGGCGGCGGCGGUGGCGGCGGUCACCUAGAGCUGAGCCACGGCGGCGGUGGCGGCGGUGGCGGCGGUCACCUGGAGCUGAGCCACGGUGGCGGUUUCGGAGACGGGGGUGGAUUCGGCGGCGGGGGCGGCUUCGGCGGCGGGGACUGCUGCGUUAGUAGACCAGAUUUGUGGCGAGACAACUCUUGGUAUUUGCAUCACGAUAAUGCGCCAUCACACACUGCAUUGAUUAUUCAAGACCAUUUCGUCAAAAAUUCAACGAAGAUCGUUCCACAACCGCCGUAUUCACCUGAUCCAGCACCGUGUGACUUCUGGCUGUUCAACAAACUCAAAAGGCCACUUCGGGGAAACCGUUUUGACUCGAUUGAAAAGAUAAAAACCGAAUCGCAGAAGGAGCUGAAGGCCAUAAAGAAGGAAGAAUUUGCGAAGUGCUUCAAGGACUGGAAACUUCGUUGGCAUAAGUGCAUUGGAGCCGAUGGGGAUUAUUUUGAAGGGGACGAAAUGGAUUUUCAAGAAUAA